CUCUUACAGUUGGUGCGUGAUUACCACAGACAAAAGAGAACCUCUGCGACCGUGUUUACAGACGAAGUGUUGUUCCUUAGCUGCUCGAAAUAAGAACAAACAAGCCUACUCCACUGGAGUCGUGCAGUAGCUUGCCACACAACUGCACAGGUGGGUCUGUCUGAAGGAGAUCUGGGUCUGUGGACAGAGGAGUAAUCUGGACCUGUAUGGAGUCCACCCUCCCCAAAGAUCCAGGUGGAGCAGGCGCUGCAGGUGUCCAGCCGCCAGCAGCUGCCCCUCCUGGUGGUUUGCAGCCUGUUGCUGAGGUAGCAGAGCCUGCAGACCUGCUAGACAAAAGGCAGCCUGGACACCCCUCAGGAGGUGGACAGGAGCUGUACUCAUUAGACAGCUCUCUGUCCUCUUCAGACAGCGAAGAUGAGGGCAUUGGCAAGAAAGAGAAGAAGAAGAAGAAGUUAAAGAAGAAGAAGAAGAAGAAAAAAGAUUCCAGCUCAUCCUCUUCUUCUUCUUCUUCUUCUUCCUCCUCCUCCUCUUCUUCCUCCAGCAGCUCUUCAGACAGUGACAGUGAGGAUGACAAGAAGAAGAAGAAAGAGAAAAAGAAGAAGAAGAAGAAAAAGGAUGAGAAGAAAGAGUACGUCUGGGACAACGUUAUCAUAUCUUAUGCUGGUUCUGAUGAACACGUGUCUGGAGAGGGUCUGAAGAAGAUCCAGGAUUUGGACUCAUCAGAUGACGAGGAUGACAAGAAGAAAAAGAAGAAGAAAAAGAAGAAGAAAAAGAAGAAGAAGCUGAAGAAGAAGAAGGAUAAGAAGAAGAAAAAGAAAAAGAAGAAGAAGCAUUCUUCUUCUGACUCUUCCAGCGAUUCUUCUAGCGAUGAUGAUAAGAAGAAAAAGAAGAAGAAGAAAAAGGACAAGAAGAAGAAGAAGAAGAAAAAGAAAGACAAGAAAAAGGACUCAGAUUCUUCUAGCAGUGAUGAUGACAAGAAGAAGAAAAAGAAGAAGAAAGACAAGAAGAAGAAAAAGAAGAAGGACAAGAAGAAGAAAAAGAAGAAGGACAAAAAGAAGGACUCAAGCUCCAGUUCAUCAGGUUCAUCUGACAGUUCUAGUGACAGUGACAAGGAAAACAAAAAGGAUAAGAAAGACAAGAAAAAGAAGAAGGAGAGUUCAGAAUCAUCAGGAAGUGAAACUGACAAGAAGAAGAAGAUCACAGUCUGUUCACCUUCUGUAAGGUUAACCAGCCCUGAUGGCGAGCAAAGCAGCGAGCCAAAAACAGUCUCAGGUUCAGGUGGUGGCGGACUUUCUGCUACCAGUGGCAGCAGCUCCCAGCCUGGUGGUGCUCCUGUCACCUCCUUUGUGUCGCUCCCCUCCAAACCUGUUUUAAAGCUGGAUCCUGCUCCUCCUUCAUCUGUAUCCAAGCCCUCUGUCUCUGCCUCCUCCUUGAGUAUGGGAGACAGGGCCACCAUUCGCAGACCUGUCAGCCCCAUGGAGUCCCUGAUGGGGAGCCCAAGGAGGUUUGGAGACAUGGGGACUCGUUCCACCACCCACCUCACCUCAAGUGAUCUACUGAGAGGCCCCAAGCCUUACCAAUGAUGACAUGUCAUAGAUCAAAAUAAUAAUGUUACUGAUUUUUAAACAGCAUGUCUUACAUGACAUUGGAGGAAGCUGAAUGUGACACUGAGCUAUGUUCUAAUGAUACAGGUUUUAUGCAAGACAAAUAUGAUCGCUCAUCAUGAAAAAUAAAAGGAGCUAGUGGGUAAACAUGCAUUCUGACAUGGUGAAAAAUUUCAAGUUGAGGAAGAUAAUACCAUGAAAAUGAUUUUUUUUUCAAUUGGUAAGAAUAAAAAAACUGAAAUGUUCACAAUCACAUGGAAUAAUUUCAAAUUCUUGCUUUGGAGAAUAAAACAAGGUGAUUUUA